CUUAUGUAGUGAAAACUUGGAACAUGUCGUAUGAGAAAACGUCUCGCGGCAAAUAGGUUUGCGUUACGGUAAACUCCGAUGCGGGCGAAAUGUUCGAUAUAAACUUGCAACUAUACAACACAUUCAGUUUACGUUACUUACGAUCAUCACCGCCUCUCCGGUCGGUAUUGUUGUAAUUUAUCUAUAUUAUCAUUAUUAUCAUCAUCAGUCAGAGAUAUGGCAGACACGGCUGUAGCAUCCGAGGCAUCAGCGCCAGCGACGCCGGCGAAGAAACAGCCCAAGGCGAGCGCGGCCGCCGGUGGUGUGAAGAAGGCUAAAGCCAAACCUACUCAUCCCAAAACUUCGGAGAUGGUGAACAAUGCCAUCAAAGAGUUGAAGGAGAGGAGCGGCUCGUCACUUCAAGCGAUCAAGAAAUACAUCGCGGCCCAAUACAAAGUCGACGCGGAGAAAUUGGCGCCGUUCAUAAGGAAGUAUCUCAAGAGCGCCGUCGAGUCCGGUGCCCUCAUACAGACCAAGGGUAAAGGAGCUUCCGGCUCGUUCAAAUUGGAAUCGAAAUCUGCGUCUUCCAAGAAACCGGCGGCCGCCGGUUCGAAGAAAUCUGCAUCUUCUGCGGCGGCCAAGUCCAAGAAAGCCACCGCAGCGGCCUCCGCCGCAUCGAAGUCGAAGAAGGGAGCUUCUUCUGGCGCCGCCUCGUCGUCUGCCUCGUCGCCGUCCAAGGGCAAGGCGUCCUCCGCCGCUAAAGACAAGAAGGCAGCGGCAGCCAAGAAGAAGCCCGCCGCGGCAAAGAAAGCGGCCGCACCGGCGAAGGCGAAGGCCGCCGCAGCGCCCAAGGCGAAAAAGACAGCUAAACCGCCAACGAAGAAGCCGAAGGCGCCCAAACCGAAGAAGGCGGCCGCCACACAAAAAAAGGCCGCAGCGAAAAAGACACCCGCCUCCAAGAAGUAAUCGCUCUGUCGUCGUCUCGGCAGCAGCAGCAGCUGUUCUUCUGUGUUAUGUUGUUUGUUUGCUUGAUGACUGUUGUUCAUUGUCGCGGCGAAAAACAACCACCGUCACCCAACACGGCAACAACGGCACAAAGAAGGAGGGAAACGCAGCGCGCGCCGCGCACGCGCUGGCUCGCCUGGCCCACCUAACAAAAAGCCCUUUUCAGGGCUAACAAUUUAUUCUGUGAACUAUUUAUAAACACAGUUUCUUGACGAUGUAGGUGUACCUGACAAACAGACAGUUGGUUACAGGUAUAUUCUAUCUAAUUCUACCCAUGCCUGUGUACCACCUAGGUAUCAAAUGUAACUCAUAACAAAUCGUCCAUUCGAUUUUGCAUCGCGCGAAUGAGUUAAGUGUAUGUAACAAACACACAUCAUACACCUACCUACAUCCUCACAAACUCUUACGCAUUUAUAAUAGGUAACCGGCUGGCUGUAUCCAUUUCAUAGUAAUAAUAAUAAUAACAUAUCCCCACGCAAGCCUCUCAAAGGAUCGGACUAUGUGCCGUGAAUGCCAAAAGGAGAUACAAAUAAUAAUAGACGCGCACUGUAUGUAAUCCUUAAACAUAUAUAUGUAUGUGCAUCAUAAUAUCGGACCAACACAGUCAAAAUGAUACAUUGAUGAAAUCAUCGACGUUCUCCCCCCCACCCAUUAACGUUACACUCAUCGUUCAUUGUACGUUUCGCGCACGGCGUGUCUCUUUAUAACUAUA